AUGCAGCAUUUGCACAUGCCCACCCCUGUGUCCGGCUACCCUCAGGGGGGGCCCAGCCGCCCCGCCACCCCGGUGCCAGACAUGCGCAGAUUAUACGGGCUUCAGGGUCAGGCAUCAGCGCCGCCCAAACGCAGUUCUUCUCCAGGGCAUGCCGCUUUUGCAUACCAACUGCCACAGUUCCGGCCCGAGGCUCCUGCUCCACCUGCUCCACCUGCCAGGAAACCGAUAGAUCCAUCGGAGCUCGUGCAGGGUCAACAACUGGACUAUUGGAGUGAUCACAACCAGUGCUGGAUGCCAGCUAUCAUCACCGAUGUGGAUAAUGAGUCCGGUGGCAUUUGCCUCAAUGUCAAGCCAAACGCUUUCAUCAGUCGGUCUGACCAGCGCCGGAAAGUUCGGUCAAGGACUAUCCCCAAUGCCCAGCAGGUGGCGACAGCACAGGGCAUUGUGCAGCAGGAGCAAGUGGAGCCAGUUGCAGAGCAAAUCUUUGUCAGUGCUGCGAGGGCCAAGGACCGCCCAAUUCCUGCGGAGCAAGUUCCGCACCUUGGAGCCUACUUGGACGGACUGCUGGGGUUGGUGGGUUCCCAAGUUCAUUUGAUGCAGUCUGCCCGAAGCGAAUCGGGCCUGGGCCUGGAUGAGUUCAAGAAAGUCUUCUGGGAGCUGCUGCAGCUGCAGCAGGAAAUCUCAGUUCAAGCGAUUCCUCGAUUCUCCAUUGAUUCUUUUAAGGAGGGAGAGCCGUGGCAGAAGUAUGCCAAAGGCAAAGAACUCGGCCACGGCACCUACGGCUUCGUGUACCUGGCGAGCGACAAGCACUCCAAACAGGUCAGGGCCAUAAAGGAGAUCUCCAAAGAGAAGCUCCAUGGGGAUAUGCAGGCAAUGAAGAAAGAAAUCGAGAACCUGACGAACCUCGACCACCCUCACAUCUUGAAGCUCUAUGAGGUGUACAGCACAAAGGACGACGUGUACCUGGUGACCGACUUUUGCCCUGGAGGGGAGCUGCAUGGACACAUUUCAUCUGCGAAAAAGACUCGGCAGGAAAUCCCCAUGCCAUGGAUUGCUGAAGCCAUGCAACAGCUGAUGCAAGCUAUUUGCCACAUCCAUGUUCGGGGAAUCAUCCACUUAGAUGUGAAGUCGCAGAACAUCAUGCUCAUGCCCAGCCAGAAGACAGCGGCCUUCUUCGGGAAGGGCGAUGCCAAAGAUGCCAAGUCCGCAACCUUCAACUCCAAGCCACACGUGGUUGUCAUAGACCUCGGGAUUGCCAUGCACUUCAAGCCUGGUGACUAUCGCGGCAAUCGUCCAAUGGGUACGCCCAUGACAAUGGCUCCAGAGGUUUGGUCUGGCGAAAUCACGCCGGAGGCUGAUGUGUUCAGCUGCGGUUGUGUGUUUUUUGAGCUCCUUUGUGGGGAAAUGCCUUUUCGAGUGAAGUUCGAGGGCAACUUUGACGAUGUUGUCAAGUUCUGGCGGCAGAAGCCGCGGCCUGCAUGGCAGUAUGUGUCUGGUAGCUCCAGGGAUGUCAAGGAAUUACUUGAAGGCAUGCUGCUGCAGGAGAGGCAGCGGCGCCCUUCUGCAUCCCAGUGCUUGGCGAGCAAAUUCUUGAAAGAUGCGUCUGCUCCAAAACAGACUGGCAGCUUAAACGAGUCAAAUCGCCAGAGGCUGAUCAAGCGGCUGGCUUCGGUUCAUUGCCGAUCGGUCCUGUACAAGAACAUAGCAAUGAAAAUUGCUCAAGAUUGGCCGCCUAACCAGAUGCCCACCUUCAAGCAAUUGUUCAACGAGUUUGAUGUUCAUGGCAAUGGUUCGCUGCCGACAGAUGGAUUGAAGACUACGCUAAUGAAACAUGGGGUUGAUGAGGCUGAGGCUAGCCGUGCAGCUGCAGCCAUGAACCUGAGUCAAGACAAGGACGCAAUCAAUUGGACCGAGUUUGUCGCGGCUUGCAUUGACUUGAGCCAGCCCGAGUUCGAGCCCAAGAUCUUCAAAAUUUUCCAAGAUGCAGAUGCUGACCGGGACAACUUGCUUUCAGCCUCGGAUCUGAUGAACACUUUUCCACAAGGAAACAAGUACGGCUUAGAAACAGCGACAAGUGUCUUCAGAGAUCUCACAGGGAGGGAUGCCCAGAAAGACCGAGGAGCUCGGAUGGACUGGAGCACCUUCUACAAGCAUCUGCAGAGCUGUGCUCUGAACGGUGUUGAAGAGCCGGCGUUGGCGAAGACGCAGUGGGAUGUCUUCAUCGGUGGAGUGACUGACGCGAUUAACAACGUCACAGGUGCAUACUUUUCAAACGACACCCGAACACAGAAGUCGCCGAAUGCAGUGCGCUUCCCAGGUGAGCGCAUCCCGCAGAGCAUGGACGACAUGCUAAAGACCUUGGCAGACAUGGGCUUCAAGGAUCGGGAGCUCAAUAGGCAAGUUCUCAACGAGAAGGGCGGUUCUCUCAGUGACGAUGUAAUCGAGACGAUCAUGCAGCGCAGCUCAAGCUCAUGA